UAAUUUAUCUUUCUAUCUGUCCUUUGUGCUGGUUCUGUUUACUCUUUACAGCUUUACGCGUUUCUUUCAACACAGGGGGCAGUUUUAGUAACAUUGUAACAGAUCUUACAGAUUUUCUGAAGAAUACAAGGUUAAAUGCUACCCUUUUGUUUGUCAUGACUGAACCUUGCAGAAAAUUAGCACCUAUCCCUCUUGAUCAUCAAAAGCUGUCAACUUUAUAGAACGACAUAUGAAAAGGAUGCUUUUUUGGUAAAUUUAAGAUUACUUGGUCUUGGUUCCCCAAGGUCAUGAUUUCCAACUAUGUAAAUUUAGGGACUUGAAUCUUGGAAGCAGUGAUUAUAGAUAAUAAGUGGUUUAAGUGAUGCCAAUCUUCUCGUUUAUAUCUCAGUGUUUCUUCAGUGGUGGAAGUAGAAACCACUCUUCACUAGAAAUGGGUUCUGAUGUGAAGGAUAGCCAGUUGGUGCCUGUGGAUUCUGAGGAGCCAAGCAGGGGUGAUCAAGUGGUGACUGAGGGUUCUAAGGUUCAAAGUAACUGGGUUGAAUCAUUGCCUGUGAUAUCUGAGUUACCAAGUAGUCAUGGUCAAUCAAUGUUGGUUGAUUCUGAGGUGCUGAAUUGCCAAUACCACAGAAGUGAGAUCUUCAAGUAUUCUGAACUUGAAGAAGCCACCAAUAAUUUUGACCCUAGUAGAAUACUUGGGAGGGGAGGCUAUGGGACAGUUUACUUUGGAAUACUUAAGGAUAAACGUCCUGUUGCAAUAAAACGCUUGCAUAAAGACAGGUUCAAGAUCUUAAGGUUACAUGAUGAGAAGCUUGAGGGAGAGAGACUUCGAAAGUUCAUGAAUGAAGUUGCUAUGUUAACUUGCUUGAGACAGAAAAAUCUUGUCCAACUGUAUGGUUGCACCUCUCCUCAGUCCCAAGAACUGCUUCUUGUGCAAGAAUUCAUUCCUAAUGGAACUGUUGCUCGUCAUCUUCAUGGUAAAGACACCUUGCCAUGGUCUACUAGACUAAAUAUUGCCAUACAAACUGCAAGUGCAUUGGCUUAUCUUCAUGCUUCCAACAUUAUCCACCGAGAUGUGAAAACCAGUAAUAUUCUUCUUGACAGAAGUUUGAAUGCUAAAGUUGCAGACUUCGGAUUGUCGCGCCUCGUCCCACAUGAUGUUACCCAUAUUACCACUGAUAUUGCUGGGACUACAGGUUAUAUUGAUCCAGAGUAUAUUGAACAUUGCCAUCUUUCUGAUAAAAGUGAUGUAUAUAGCUUUGGAGUAAUAUUGUUUGAGCUGAUAUCAUCUUUGCCUGCAUUUGAUGAUGGUGAUAAACAGCCCUAUCUUUCAGACUUUGCCAUGGAUAAAAUCUUUUGUGGACAACUCCAUAUGCUUGUUGACCCAAAUCUUGGAUUUCAAUCAGACAAAUGGGUAAGUGAAACAAUUAAUGCAGUGGCAGAGUUGGCAUUUAGUUGUCUGCAACGCCAAAGAGACAUGAGACCUUCCAUGGACGAGGUGUUAAAUACUCUUCAGAACAUUAGAAGUGGAAGCUCUCAGAAGAUUCUUACCUGGGGUCCAAAUAGUUGUUACAAUUCUACCAAAUUUCACAUUGUGUCCCGCUUGCCUGAUGAUUAUUUUGAGAAAAAAUAGCAUAGCAACAAUGAAAUACUAUAAAAUAGCAUAGCAACAAUGAAAUACU